AUGCGGGACGUCGUGGUCACCCAGGACGAGGGGCACCGCCAGUCCAACGGGGCCAAGAGGUUCGCCGUGGAGGUGGCCAACCGCGGCGGCGACGCGGUGUCCGGCAUCCACCUCAUGUGCGGGUACAACUUCCGCACCGUCCGGCCCGUCGACACCGACGUGAUCGUCGAAGUCGGCCACGGCAACUGCCUCCUCAUUGACGGCGGCUCCAUCGCGCCCGGAGGCACCGUCUCCUUCAGCUACACCAGCUACAUGAGAUACGACAUGACCCUCCUCGCCACCACCUACGACGGUGGCAGUUCCUAA